GCAUUUGUCUGUGUGGCAGACAUGGACGGCAAAGAAGACGAUGUGAACAGCGUGUCAUCAGCCGUAUAUGGAAGCACUGACACAGCUGACCACAAGAUAUCAUCAGCAUUUGUUACUCUCUACUCUCCUUACACUUCGUCGUCGUCCCCGACUGCGCCUGCUAAGAUUCAACGAGAAGCAAAGAAAACUUCACACAGGCCUAUACUAUUGUUGGAAUGUGUGACUCAAAGGAGAUCAUACUGGUCUACGCCGUUAAUUCUGCGGCAUACCAUGUUUGGAUGAUACUUCAGAUCCCUCUUGAUUGGCUCAUAGAAGCAGAGAAAUAUACCGUGCCCGCAGCAUGCUUCUGGAUAUUCAGCGAAAUCGUGCAAGUUGUGAUGCAACUUUACCUGGCCGCAGCCAUGAUGAUGUACAAAAGAGAAAUGCUCGAGCGCUAUAUCAAGCUUCUGAAAAUGUGGAUCGCCUACACAGUGAUUUAUAUGGUGGCGUACGUAGUAGCGGUCUUACAUUUCAAGUACAACUUAAUGAAGUUCCGACACUUGGAAGAGAAGAAAACCGUUGAUCACAGACAACAGAGGUUUGACAUGCCUGAAUGGGACCCGGAGUUACGAACUGUACGAGAACACAUCGCCAAUAUAGUCCUUGUCACCGUAACUAAGGUGCUGUACACAAUGUUCUUCAUUUGGAAGUUCACCACCUAUCUUGACAAAAUGGCGCCUUCCCCGGCUAGCGGUGCACCUACGCAACCUCCAGAUGCCGGCACGGGUGCAGCCCCUGUUCAACCAGCAAAUGCUGGGGUAGCGCCACAGAAUGUGGGCAUGUGGCCGGCAGGAGCCCAGUAUAAUCAACCUUACCCUCUUUACGGUGGUGCGGCGCAGCAGUGUCCAGCGCCAGUAGGAGGGAUGGGACCUCUUGCUGCUGUUCAGCCUGGUGGUGUUCUUCAGAAGAUGUGAAGAUAAUGAGAGUCUAGACAGAUAUCCGGCGACGUAUAAGCCAUUUUAAAUGAAAAAGAACACAAAGAGAAUAAAUCAAUAAAGUAUUAUACAAAUUGC